GGAACUUCCUUUUUGGGACACACCGCCUUCGUUUGCCAUUCGCCUCGAUUCUGAUGCAACUGUUGGUUAGUACCUUAGUAAUUACUAUUUCCGUGUCUUGCUCCGAUCGACGGGGGCUGAGAAAAAAAAAAGGAGGACGAAACUCUGCUGUCGUCCAUCCACUUCUCAAUCCAUUUUCCAUGUCCAGUCCGGGUCUAAUUUCUAUUGUUCGAAAUACACUCUCCCUUCCCGCGGCUGGCGCCUUUGUGCGGGGCGUGCCCUCCUUUGCUCCAACAGCAUUGACUCAUUCAACGGGUUCGACUCGUCACCACCGAAACGCCACUCGAACCGGCAACCCAGUGGACAUUGGUCUUGCAGAACAGGAUGGCCAUGCCCACCAUGACCACCGCACAGCAAGAGCCGCAAGCAAGCAACACGGGCGACGAGAUCGACUGGAGGGGCCCGGAUGAUCCAGAUUGCCCCUACAACUGGCCAAUGCGGAAGCGCAUCUACAUGACUAGCAUUCCGGCCUUGCUCUGCGUCAACGUGUCUUUUGCUUCGUCCGUGUACACGUCCGGCGCUAGCGAUAUAGAACGGACAUUCGGAGUCACCCGGACUGAAGCCCUGCUCGGCCUUUCUCUCUUCCUCUGGGCGCUCGGUCUCGGGGCCAUUAUCGCUGCGCCGGUCAGCGAGUACUAUGGGCGCAGGAUCGUCUACCUGACCACAGUUCCGGUGUUUGGCCUAUUCAUCCUCGGCUCGGGGCUGGCGCAGAACUUCGCGACAUUGAUCGUCUGUCGCACCCUCGCCGGCUUCUUUGGCAGUGCUGUGGUCUCCGUGGGUGGAGGCACGAAUGCGGACCUCUGGCCGCCCAAGCUCGCGGGUUUCGUCUAUCCUUUCUACUUUGUGUCCCCUUUUCUUGGACCGGCCUUUGGGCCUGUGAUCGGCGGUUACUUGGUCGAGGCGAAAGGCUUCCGUUGGCUCGAAUGGGUCAUCCUCUUCAUGUUGGCCUUCGUCUACCUGUAUUCCCUUCCCCAGUCCGAAACCUACAAGAAAACCAUCCUCCAAAAGCGAACGCGGUCCGAAAAACGGUCCAAUGCACCACCAGCGACCAAGAAGUUCGCACUCCCGUCCGGUGCCCUCAUCCAGCGCAUCGUGCUCAAACCGUUCAAGAUGCUCUUCGUCGAGUCCAUCGUGCUCUUCAUGACCAUCUACAUGGCCUUCAACUUCGCCGUGUUCUACAGCUUCUUCGCCGCCUUCCCGUACAUCUUUGGGGGCGGCGGAGGGAAGUACAACUUCUCGUCCGGCCAGCAGGGCCUGACCUUCAUCUCCAUCGCGCUGGGCUGCGUCAUCGGCUUCGUCGCCGUCGUCUACAUCGACCGCCGCACAUACCCGGCGUUGGAGGCCAAGUAUGGCGUCGGCGCCGUGCCCCCGGAGUACCGUCUCUACGGCGCCAUGGUCGGCUGCGCGCUCAACCCGGCUAGUCUGUUCUGGUUCGGGUGGAGCGCCAACGCGGGCGCGUUCUGGCCGAGCCCGGUGGUCGCAGCCGUGCCGUUUGCCGUGGGCAACAUCAUGGUGUAUAGCAGCGGUGCGCUGUACAUCAUGAACUCCUAUGGGUCGCUGCAUGGUGCGAGCGCCCUCAGCGCCAACAGCCUUCUCCGAUAUGCUGGCGGAGGUGCGUUCCCUCUGUUUACGGUGCAGAUGUUUUCGUCCUUGGGAAUCGGGUGGGCGAGUAGCCUGCUGGGCUUUGUGUCGGUGGCGCUGGUGCCGGUGCCCUUUGUGUUGUACAAGUACGGCGACAGGAUCAGGACGAACUCGCAGUAUAUCACGGUCAAGGAGCCCGUAUUGGCGAAUCACAAUUCGUCAGGGGAGACGACAAGCGGAGAAGAGACCGGAGGUUAGAGAGACAUACAAGAUCUUUGCUCAGCGCAUCUCUUUUAGGCACUAGUAGGGUAAGAUAGUAUCUAGACUUAGAGUAGUCUUGGCUUCAACGGCAACUACUACUAACCUUAGAGUGAGUUCUAUAUAAUGAAUAUUCC